CUCACAACUAAGAAAGAAGAAAGAAAGAAAUAAAGAAACAAGAAACAAGAAAAAGAAUGGGGAAAUCCAUAAUUUUGCUUGUUUCAGGGCUUUCUCUCAUGUGUCUCCUAACCCUAGCAUCCUCCGAGAAGGAUCGAUUCUUGGUGGAGGGAAAAGUAUAUUGCGAUACAUGCCGCGUUCAAUUCUUCACUAAAGUCAGCAAAUUCCUCGAGGGUGCUACGGUGAGGCUGGAAUGCAAAGAAAUCGAAGGAGGAAGCGUGACGUUCAGCAAGGAGGCGGUGACGGAUAAGAGCGGAAGCUACAGCAUCGAGGCGGACGGAGAUCACGAAGAGGAAUUGUGCGAAGUAUCGUUGGUGAAGAGCGAUGAUCCAGAUUGCGACGAGAUAUCUGUAGAGAAAUACGAGCACAUGGCCAGAGUGAGUAUCACCAACAACAGUGGAAUCACAAAUCCCGUUCGCCUUGCUAAUCCGCUCGCUUUUAUGAAGAAGGAGAAGCUUCCUGAGUGUAAGGAAGUUCUUAGAGAGCUUGGAUUUGACGAUGAGGGAAUCCUUGUUUGAGUUUUUAAGCUCCUUCCUCUCAUUCAUUUUACUCUCUAUUAAUAUUAAUAUUAUUUAAUUACUACUACUUCUUAAUUCAUUUUUUUGCAUCAAUUUCAUAUAU